UACGUCGUAUUUGCGUGCAUGCUAUACUAUACGGUACCCGCGGGAAAUUUGUACAGGGCUCGACCGAGCUCCCUAGCCAAGGCAUCGGGUGGUGAUCGGCACGGCUACGUACUGGGUACGGGUACAGUCAGCUAUACUAAGUCGGCUAAUUUAUAGCUAGAUCGAGAUCUAUCUAGCUGAGCUCAGCUGUAAGUUGGUGUUCAAACUAUAGCCUCUGCUGUAACUGGUACGGUACUGGUGAUUUGGCAUUGGACAACGAUCAAAUAUACACCAUGAGUUGGGACGUUAUUGCACUCGAUUUUGGUAGCGAAGAAACCGCUAACUUUGGAACUCGUCAAGAGUCAGGAACGGCUCUUUUCCAAGUGCAAACUUUGGCUACAAUUUCCAAUUCAAGUCAUGAAACGGUCACUCGCCUUCCUCAUGUCACAGCAUCAGGCUCUCAGGCUGGUAUGUGUGUUACAGCAGAUACAAAUGCUUCUUUGUUCAAUGAUGGUUGCCAGGCCCUGAGCGCUGCUCUAAGUUUUGAGUCUGUGAUAGAACUCGCAGCUUGGGCAAAUGACCUGCCAUUCUUGAUCAUUGCUGAAAGAAACGGAACCGUCCAUGUGUACCAUAGCGGCUUGAACAAGCUUCUCAUCUCACAGACACUACUGGAAAGAAGCGAGGAUGAAUUGGACAGUGUCUGUUUUAAACAGAUCAGCAUUACGGAGGAUACGGAAGGUAAACAUGUCAUUCUGCUGUUAGCAUCAACAAGCAUGCUGUUCAGGCUGUCCAAUGUAGACCUGAGGAAACUUCAUGACGUGAUCCAGAAUGGAGACUUAGCAUCUGCCAAACAGCUGCAAGGAGAGAUUGCUUUGGACGAAACAGAUUUGUCUGCUGUCCACGAGGAGGGUGUCACUGACCUAGCAACCAUUGUUGUGGGUGGACAGAUACAUAUUGUGACUGCUGGUGGAGGUGAAUAUGUUUUGGCCAUUUGGAAAUGUCAGAAGCGGAUAACUGUUCGCAGAAGACUGAAGAAAAAUAUGUUCAUGGCUGGAGAACAACUCAUCAAAUGUGUUGUUAGUGGGAAAUACAUCUUUACUUUAGAUGACGAGCAUAAGUUAUGUUGUUGGAAUUCCUCACUCAUCCUCGUAUGUGCAUGGCCGCUAAAAGUGAGGGAUUUCUUUCUCACAGCUGACAACAACAACAGUGAGGCAAAACCCCAAUUCCAGCUUGUGAUGUUGACGGUCCCGGACAAAGGUGAAAGUAACUUGAAAGUUUACGACCUACCCAGCAUGCAGUGCACCUAUACACUGUCCGUUGGUCCCCUCUCCGUGCUAGCGGACACACCAAACAAUCAGGACUCCAUUUUCCUGGUAGAGGGGCGCAAUGAAGAUGAAGAUGGUUCCAGCACUGUCGGUAUGUUGAUGGUACGAUGUCUGAUGGAGGCGCUACCUGAGACUCGUUUUCAUCGUCUCCUGCACAAGAAGGAGUUUGAUGAAGCAGAGAAGUUUGCCAAGCUUUUCAGCCUCAACACUGAACUUGUCUAUCGAAGCAAAGCCUUGGCCCUUCUAGAGCAAGCAUCUUCCUGGAGCCCUGCCGCCCUUCGAGGGAGCCCUGUAGGGGAUGAUAACAAGCUGUGCGGGGACAUGAUGGCCUGUCUGGAGAAGAUCGCUGAUGUUGAGUUCGUGGUUGAUGUCUGCUCCAAGGCUGCCAUGCCUGCCUUUGAAGACACAGCAAGAAUCCUGCAAUAUGCUAGGACUAGGCUCGCAAAGAAAAAGGGUAAAGACGAAAUGGAAAACAAGACGGAAGAUCAGCUCUCUAUGAUUCUGGAUACAUUACACAGACUGGCCACUUUCAGCCUUGUGUAUGGAACCAGUGAAUACAGCCCAACAAGAUGGGAUGCUUUCCUGUCAGGAUCUAUUCUAGAUGAGCACUUCCUUCAUCUCAGCCAAGCCAACCUCAGCAGAGCUUCAGUCAUUUGGAAUAGACACAAGGAAGCCUUUGUAGCGGUGAUGUCUGAAGACAUGCUGGAUAACAUGCUGAGGUCCAUACCAGGGGAUUCCCCGUCGUAUGACAUCAUACCAUGGCUCAGGGAUGACAUCAUUCCCUUUGUGUAUCAGAGCUUCCACCAGGGCAAGAAACUAGUGAUCUCAUGGAUUGAGGAAAGAGUGACCUGCCUAGAAGUGACUGAAAAGACCGGAUGGCCCAGCAAUGGUCUAGAGUUAGCUGAAUUAAUGUUAAGAGGUAACCAGCAGCUUAUCAAGUCAUCCAGUGGCACCCACUUAUCACAAGCACUCACAGAGACAAAUGGUAGUGACUGCAAGGAGUCCAUGGAGAGACUAAAAGAACUGGUCCACAACCUUCAAGAACUUAGAAUCCUCCAUACCAGAUACAAGUGCUUGCUAACUCUCGACCAGUUUUGCAAGGAAACGACAGAGAGCAUAUCGUUCAGGAUGCUGGAGAGGGUCGCUGCUCCUGAGCUUGUACCGGGGACCAUCACCAAAUGCAUCAUACCCUACGCUAAGGAUCACAAGCUAGAGGUGGACAACCUGCUCUUGAAAUACAUACAGGACCUUCUGUCUGUACCGAGUCUCUUUGCCACCUAUGAAGCAUCCUGGGAAGCCAAAGCCAUCACUGUCAUCAGAUGCAUCAAGGAUCUUACUAGUCAGUGUGGAGCCAUACUUGCUCUGAUGCAGAAGGCACCUGUACCAUGGAGCAGGGGAAUGGAACAGGUGGUCCAGUAUGGCUUGUCCAUCAAGCAUCCUAUGGUUGCCCAGCUGGAGGAGCGUCAUGGUAUUAUGAAACUGAGAGACAUGUUCAUGAAGUAUGACCUGAGAUCGGUAUGCCUGGGAGAUACAGAUAGCAUGAAGAUUGCAGUUAAGAAUAUCUUAAGUCUUGAGGACCCUGCCAUUCUAGAGGAUGCAUUACGUGUUGUCAAAGCUCACUCCAGUGAACUCUCCAAGAUGGAUGCCUAUCUCUUCAGACUCCAACACCUCAUUAAGUCAAAUCAGGUUGAGAAAUGCCUGGAUUUGUUGUCUGAUCUGCCCCACCAAGAAGCUCUGCUCUUUCUGUCUCGGAUCAUGUCCUGGGCUGAGAUCAUCAUGAACAACCCUGCAGAUACCUUCUGUGAUGAAGAGAGCAAAGACUAUCGGGUGUUGGUAGGGCAAGCCGCUAUACGAUUGCUGCAGACUGAUCUCUACACGGAGCUCAGUAAAGAUCCCACACAAGACAAUCUUAAAGAAGAAGAGCUUCAAAGUCUUCUCUAUCUGCAGUUGGAAUACGGUCUUCUUGUUCCGUUGGGUAGUUACCGGGAGGAUGCCUUCAGAUUACAGCUGCUCAAGAAGGCCGUCAUUGAACACUACAAAGAGAUUCAUACAGGAAUCAGAAAGAAAGAGAAUUGUGGAGCUGCCGAGAGGAAGUCCAGGGAUCUCAAACCAGGAAACUUUGUCAGAGUUUUGAGACUUGGUGAAAUCCUAGGUGUAUCAACCAGUGAGCUGAGAGGUGAGAUUGCUCUCAAAGCUGCCCAGACAGGAGAAAUAAACACAGCUAUCACUAUAUGCAGUGAUCUGUGUGAGCCUGACUGUUCCCCCGAGGUAGCCUACACCCUCUACCAUGUCUCCCAUACUAUCUGCACCCAGCUGGCCAAUGGGCAUGACAUCUUGGGCGGGCCAUCGGGAGGUGAUCACAUCAAACAGCUCUUAAAUCUAACCCAGAAAGCAACUGCUUCUUGUAACCAAGAUUUACUUGCAGACUGCCUUGAUCUUAGCACCAAGGUCCGCUCCUUGAGAGACCUGUGUGACCAGUGUGAGAGUGGAGACUAUGGUAUCUCAGUGCAGAUUGGGGCUGCAGAGACCAAGAAAGAUCCUUACGAGGAGUACACCUAUGAGAUGUUCUUCAAGGAAGAUUCACUCGUUCUAUCAUCUCAAGAUGUCAUUCCUGUAGCAGCAGACUUUGCUCUAGCAUGUCAGCCCACGGUCAGGCCAAAAGAUGCUCUGCCGUUCCAGCAGGCCAGGGUGUCUGGACAACCUGUCUUGCUCAAAGAACCAAGUAAUGAGGAAGGAGCUGUCCAGUCUGGUCACAUUGGUCAGGUUGCAGCCUCUACCAAGUAUCUGUGCCAGACCUUCAAGGAGCAUAACCAGUGCUGCCUGGCCUUUCAUUAUGUCAUGGAGUUGCUUGCCACGUCCCUGGUCCAUCUCUCGGUCAACACUGGCAACAGAUCACUGCAAGAUGAGGUCACAAUAGCAGCUGUAGAGAAAGAAAUGAAAGAAAUGGCGGAGGUUAUGCCUGUUGCUAAGCAGAACAUCAGUAAUCUCUCAUCUAUUCUACUCAACAAGAUAUUCAGCUGUCGGACCGUGGAUAAGUUCUUGGCGCUGUGUUACCUCACCAUUCAGCCCUCCAAAGAACAGAUCAAGAAGCUUGUCUACAAUGCUGGACAAAACUACAAGAAAAUCUUAGCAAUAGCCCAAGUUGGAUGUGAGAUGGCUAAGAUGAAUCAGGAUGCCAAAAUACAGACUGUGUUCCAAGACCUCGCUACUAGUGCAUUAUGGGGAGAUAGACUCCUUAAGAUUAAGGUGUCUUUCAAAGAUGCAUUCAACAGCAUGGAGAAGAAACGUCUGCUGUUACCUCAGCUUAUCACUCACCCACAAACCAGUCUAGAACUCAUCACGGAAUACUGUAGGCAAGUCUACCUUCAUAUUCAUUGA